AAAUAGUUGCAUAGGCGGUUGACAAUUGAAGAAGCGCAGUUGCAGAGUCUGUUGCUUCCAAGUAAAAUGUCUGUAGAAAAUGGCCUUUUCGAAAGAGCAAAGUUUAUAAUGAUGUUGGGAGGUAUUUGGAAACUAAAAAAUAACAAUUGCGGGACAUGCGCCACAAUGGAUACAAUUUCGAAGGCAAUAUUUUCGUCAAUUGUGGUGUUAAAAGCGAGAAUGUGUCAAACUACCACUAUAGUACAUUUGAUUUCGGCAGUUCUAAAGGAAGAACAACGUAUAUACUGUAACAAAAUGUCACAGGAAUUAAAAAUUUACACAAAGCACGCAGGCUUUUGCAACAAAUUAGCGUUUUUUCUCGUAAUCUCUAUUUCUACCGCCGGUGGAUAUGUUUUGGUAUUAGGAUACGUUCAAAUCUUCAAAUACUACGCCUCCUCCCAGCUUGCGAAUCAUGGGAAUGUUACUAUAGAAAAGCCAACAAUACUUAACUUUUGGUACCCAUUUAACUUACAUGAAUAUUACAUUUGGACAGUGGUAGAUGAGACUUUGGCUUCGGUAUAUGCUAUGAUAUGGAGUGCGGCUGUCAAUAUUUUCAUCAACUCCAUUAUGAUUUUCCUGAGAGCUCAACUCAUAACGCUUCAACAUAAUUUUAUACAUUUUCAUCAAGGUUCAAAUUUACGAGAAACCCCUUUUGAAUCCCUCAAGACUUUGUCCGUUAGACAUCAGCAUAUAAUCCAGUACGUCGAAAGAUUCAACGAGUCUUUGAAGUAUGUCCUGUUACUAGAGUUCACUAUUGCAUCGGUAAUGCUGGCAACCGCACUCUUCCAAACAUUUGCGGGGCGAGAUGUAGCUUUCAACUGUGCAUUUAUUAUAAUGUCUAGCAGUCAAAUAAUUAUAUUGGCAUGGAAUUCGGAUGAAAUCUUAACUCAGAGUUUGAAAUUAGCUGACGCAUUAUACGAAAGUAGUUGGUAUGAGCAGAUUAGAGAAACAAAAAUUUUAAUUCACACUAUGCUCUUAAGGUGUCAGAAGCCCCUAACAUUAUCCAUUGGUCCUCUUGGUCCAUUAACGGUAGAUGUUGCUGCAUCGAGGUUCAAAUUAGCAUACACGUACGCUUCAGUCAUAACCGGAACUUUUUCAGAAUAAACUAUCUACAAAGCAUUUCCAUUUUUGUUUCAU